AUGGCGGAACCUGUCGGCACGGCGCCUUCUUCUGAACCUACCCCAGACCCUUCCCCUGCAGGCUCAGUAAUUCCUAUUGCAGAACAUAUCAAACACCAGCAUCCCAAAAGCACUCCUCCACACGAGGACUGGACAUAUGUCGAUUUCGCCUUAAUCCAGGACAAAGUGCUUCGCCACCUACAUAGAAAACUAGGAAAAGACAAUGUGACAAGCUUGCGGGUCCAAAUAGGGUACCGUGACACGAUUGGGCUCGGAGUUAUCGGGAUUGUACUCAAGGAGAACAUAGCGCACAACUGGGUGACGCUGAAUAGCGACAUUGAGACUAUUGCACGGCAUAACUUGAGGAAGGAGAAGCCGGGGUUUGGCUUGAUCCACCUGGAAAUUUCAUAUCAAUUGUUACCGCCUGUGCCUUUAAUCCGUUGA